AGAAAAUUGUGCUCUUCAGUGCGUAAAAAACGCCUUACCUUUGCGGGUAUGUCCCCCAGUUCCUCAAAGGAAAAUAUAAACACUGACUAUCUGUAUAAUGAGAAGGUUAAAGGUAAAAGAUUUGCUUCAGACUCCUCAAGCCAUGAGUUCCUUCCGAAGAGAUCAAGAUAUAGGUCUGGAUCCUUCUCCUCAGGUUCUGAGCCAGAUACACAAGACUCUGACAGAUCCAGGAAAGCAUAUCAUUCUCGAUGUUCAGAGCCAAUGUAUAAGUUGCCUUGUUUUAAACGAUCUUUGUGCUCAUCACACUUUACAGCACCAGUAAGUCCACUUAAGCAGAAGAAUGGCCCAAUAAAUGGCACUUACUUGCCCUCCUCAACCUCCCAGAGUGAAUAUUUUGACAGUGGAACACUUUGCCUAAAACUCAAAGACAAUGAAAUGAGUGUUUCACAAAAGAGUUUUGGUGAUUUAGAUAAAGACAGUAGUAGUGAAUUAUUGCAUGCCAAUCCAGAUUGUAUUAAAAUUGCAUAUUGCAAGAACAGCAAUGCUGAUGAAAGUAGGAAAAACCUCAUUGAUGAGACUCCGUUGAGUAGUGGCGAGUCAGUAACCUGCAAAAGCAAUACUGUACGUAACUUCGAAAAAUACCAAUGCUUCACUAUUGAACAAGAAGGAUGUUUUAACUUUUUGAGUGAUAAUUGUGAGAAAAAAGAAUCACCUGUCAAGUUUGGGGCUGAAAUUAGUACUUCACCAAGACACCUAUACAGACACCCUCUCCUCAAUAGUCCCUCAUAUUUUUUAGUGACUGAUGCUCUUGUGACCGCAUCUGCAUCAUCACAAAGCAGUUCCCCUGUGUACCACAACACUAAAAUAGAUUGUAAAACUUUUGAGGAUCUGAAGGAAUUAAAUAUGCAGGAUAAGGUGCCCAGUCACUCAAAUUCAAAGUUCUUACCUCUAACACUAGAUAUCAGCUCCCCCUUAAAAGAGGAUGUUGCAUGUGGAAAUUCAAAGAUAUUUGAUGAACUUCAAUGUGUUCCACAAGGAGAAAAAACAUUACUUGUCAGCUCUCACACCAACAUAUCAAUGCAGGAGUCAGAUACACCUACUAAGGGAUUGCACAUACCAAUACUGUCAACCACAUCAGAGCAGUCACCAGCAGUAUCUAGAGUGUGGUCACUUGCUCCUGGUCUACAGGAUUUGGAAUCUAAAACACCAAGUUGUACUCUGAUACCUACAAAAAGACUCAGUUCAAGUUCCCCAAGUCAACCUUCCUUGCCUGAACUCUUAAAACCUGGUUCAUCUAAGCAAGACUUUGUGACUUCCAUCCAAAAAUCCUAUAAAAUGAGGGACAUGGUACCAUCAAAGACUGGAGCAUUAGGAUUCGAUGGGCUUAAGUCUUUCAUCACUCCAGAAGGAAGGUCUUAUGUGUAUCCUUUAGGUGCUCCUAGAAAGAUUUCCAAGCCUACUUCAAGACAACAGCCUCCUCGGUGUAAGCGCAGCCUUGUGAGGCAGUUUGCCUCAGAUGUUACCACAGUGUUCAACACUCCUCCAGAUUCUCCUGCCAGACUUGUAGGGGAUCUUCUACCUGAGAUGGAGAGUGAUAGUGAGAUAUGAUGUGUUGCCUGCACUUGUUCAACACCAACAGCUGCAGCAAGGAAUUUAAUAUUACCUAAAAUAUUUUUGUAGGAAGUGAGCUGUUUUAUAUUUCUCUUAAACCCUUCAGGGGGCAAAGUAUCCCUGAGGAAUUUUGUUUUGGAUUAUGUCAAACAAUUUUAUUCAGCUGAGAGGAGCCCCUGCCCGCUAAACGGUUAAACAACAUGGCCUACUGUACAUCUAAACAACAUGACCUACACCUAAACAACAUGAUGGCCUAAAUUUAAACAACAUGGCCUACACCUAAACAACAUGAUGGCCUAAUUUAAACAAUGUGGCCUACACCAAAACAAUAACAGCCUACACAACAUGGCCUACUGUGUAGGACAAUUUUGUGUUCCUUUUAAAUUUAAGAGGAAAAAAAAGUGAAAUAUACAAGUCAUGUCUUUAGUUUAAAUUAGUCUAUACUGUGUAUA